AUGGCAGAUUGGGUCUCAAAGUGGUUAAAUUAUGUUACAUUAAAAGAUAAAGUUGUUAAUGUGUUCACAAUAGCCUGGUGUAUCUGGAGGGAUAGAUGCUCUUUUAUAUUUCAGGAUAAAGCUUUGAAUCAUCAUUCUACUUUCAGAAUUGCCAUGAAACUAGUGAUAGAAACUGAACAAUAUUUGAAUAGUGAUGAAACCCAGCCAGUUAUAACUUCUACUCCACCAACUGGAUUGGAUUUUGCAGCUGCAACUAGUAAUUUACCCCAGGAUUGCAUUAUUAUAUACUCUGAUGUAUCUUUUCAUAAGAAUACUAAAUUUUCGGGUAUUGGUCUUAUCAUGAAUGAUAAUGCAGGUAACUAUCUUGGGUGCAAAACCAUUUCAGGCAUAACCAGAGAUGCAGAGGAAGCUGAAAGUUUGGCGAUUCUAGAGGUUGUUCUAUGGGCAAGGGAGAAAGGAAAAGAUAAAGUUUGUCUCAUUAGUGAUGCAAAAUUAGUUUUAGAUUACUUAAACAAUAAUAACAACCAGAUAUGUUGGUUUAACAACUCUAUUCUUGACGACUGUAAGUCUGUCAUAAGUUCUUUUAGUUUUAUCAGAUUUGAAUUUCUAAACAGAAGCUUCACAAAUAUGGCUGAUACUGCGGCCAAAUAUUGUAGAAAUUCUAGAGGCAAUGGUCAAUGGUUUGGUUAUACCCCAAACUUUCUCACUGCGUGGAUGUAA